AUAUGUGGCAGAUUUAAAAAACGGAUAUUUUCUUUUAAACUUGUUUUUCUUUUCUUUUUGUUUGUGAAAAGAGUUGAAGUUGUGGGGGAGAGAGAGAAAGAGAGAUCAGAAUCUCUAAAUGGCUCAAACGAAUUACCCAGAAUCCAGGAAACUCUCUGAUUGAUUUUUUCAUUUCUUUCUGGUGAUUUUUCCCGGGAAAAUUUUUAAGCUUUUUAUCGUAAUUGUUUUGGGGUUAGAGGGUUCUUUUAAUUUGGCAAAUCUCUAUCUGUUUCAUGUGCUAGCUAAGGUUUGUCUCACUUUACCUCUUAUGAGUCAUGAGUUUCUUGUCUUCAUCUUCUCUAAUAAAGUUAACAACAACAACACUCUCUUAAAUUUCUUAUGUUCAAAUCUUUCGACUUUUCUCGUUUUUUUUUUUCCUUCCACCGAACCGUUUUAACAAUCAAACACCUGUCGGCUUUGAACACAAGUAACAAAGAAAAGUUUUGGCACCUUUCAUUGAGUUUGGGUCUUCCCUUUGUAAGAGAGAGAGAUCAAGAAAUUGAGUUUUUUUUUAUUCCAUUAAUGGACGAAGCUUCUCCUGCUGUAGCUGUUCCAUUCAGAACAUUCCCUGAGCCACACGCCGGAAUUAGAGGCUACUGCAGCGGCGAAUCUAGGGUUUCUUUACCGGAAAAUUCCUGUUCCGGUUCCGGGUCUUUGAUUUCCGACGACGGAGCUAUGAAAGGUUCAUCCUUUGAGAUCAAUACAAGACAAGAUUCAUUAGCAUCAUCAACGUCGUCGUCAUCAUCAUCUGUUGUACCAGACGUCACCGUUGAUAUCUCCGCCGGAGAUGAGAUGAACGGUUCAGAUGAGUUUGAUCCGAGAUCGACGGGUGAGAAGAAAGUACUCAGUAGAACAGAGAGUAGAAGUCUGUUUGAGUUCAAGAGUGUGCCUUUAUAUGGAGUGACUUCAAUUUGUGGAAGACGACCAGAGAUGGAAGAUUCUGUCUCCACGAUUCCUAGGUUCCUUCAAGUUUCGUCUAGUUCGUUUCUUGAUGGUCGAGUUACUAAUGGAUUUAACCCUCACACGAGUGCUCAUUUCUUCGGUGUUUACGAUGGCCAUGGUGGUUCUCAGGUAGCGAAUUAUUGCCGUGAGAGGAUGCAUCUAGCUUUAACGGAGGAGAUAGUGAAGGAGAAACCGGAGUUUUGUGAUGGUGACACGUGGCAAGAGAAGUGGAAGAAGGCUUUGUUCAACUCUUUUAUGAGAGUUGACUCGGAGAUUGAACCUGUGGCACACGCACCUGAAACGGUGGGAUCGACUUCGGUGGUAGCCGUUGUCUUCCCGACUCAUAUCUUUGUAGCGAAUUGCGGCGAUUCAAGAGCGGUUCUGUGCCGCGGCAAGACUCCACUAGCGUUGUCCACUGAUCACAAACCGGAUAGAGAUGAUGAAGCGGCUAGGAUUGAAGCAGCCGGAGGGAAAGUAAUACGGUGGAAUGGGGCUCGUGUUUUUGGUGUGCUAGCAAUGUCAAGAUCUAUAGGUGAUAGAUACCUAAAACCAUCAGUGAUACCGGAUCCGGAAGUGACUUUAGUACGACGAGUCAAAGAAGAUGAUUGUCUCAUCUUAGCAAGUGAUGGUCUUUGGGAUGUAAUGACAAACGAAGAAGUGUGUGAUUUGGCUAGGAAAAGGAUUUUGCUAUGGCAUAAGAAGAAUGCUAUGGCCGGAGAUGCUUUGCUUCCGGCUGAGAAAAGAGGAGAAGGGAAAGAUCCGGCGGCAAUGUCCGCAGCUGAGUAUUUGUCGAAGAUGGCUUUGCAAAAAGGGAGCAAAGACAAUAUAAGUGUGGUAGUGGUUGAUUUGAAGGGAGUAAGGAAGUUCAAGAGCAAAUCCAUGAAUUGAGAAAGAAGGUUUAAAAGAAAAAAGAAAAAAAAAAAAGAAGUUUUGAUGGUGGGGUAAAUAAGAAUGGAACAGGUAAUAAUAAUAUUAUUAAUUGUUUUUGUAAUAUUAAUUUCCUGCUUAAUUUUUAUUAUUUACUUUGUUAUCUCUUCCCACCAUUAUUUAAUCUUUUUUUUUUUUAAAGCUAACUUGAUAUAUAAUGUACAUGAUGUAGCUUCCAAACAAAAAUCCCCUUUUUUAAUCCUGGGGUUAAUUGUAAUAAGUAAUAACUAAUAACACUACACUCGUCUAUGUUAAA